AUGUCUUCACCAUCAUACGCCCUAUCUGCCCUUUCACUAACAGGUGCAUUGGUUGCAUACACGAGAAAGAAUUCGGUGCCCUCUUUAUUGGCGGGCUCUUUUGUUUCCUUUGUUUUCUUUUACGGUGGCCAAUUGCUGAGAAGGGGCAAUUCCAAUGGCCUAGUCGUGUCAUUUAUUGGGGCAGUUAUACUUCUAUCUGCUGGCUUUGUUAGGGCUAGAGCGACGGAAUUUGAGAAAACAGUUCCAUUGGUGUUGACAGGCUUAGGUUUACUCUCAACCGGGUUCUUCGGUGCUAAAUUGGCAGGGUUGUUAUAG